AGAUACCACUUCUCUCUGGAGAUAGCAGUGGAUAGCCAGUACUGUCAAGGUGAAACAGAUUUCUUCUCUGACGCUAGAUACCACUUCUCUCUGGAGAUAGCAGUGGAUAGCCAGUACUGUCAAGGUGAAACAGAUUUCUUCUCUGACGCUGCUGUUACAUCGAUACACAGUUUAAGUGGUGAUGUAUGCAUACAAUUUGAACUGGUUCCUGUGGGAGUUGGUAUCCCUCAAUGUUGGCAGCCUCGGUGGUUUGUGUUAGACAAUGGGAUAUUGUCAUACUAUGAUUCACAGGAUGAUGUUUGCAAAGGCAGCAAAGGAAGUAUAAAGAUGGCUGUGUGUGAAAUAAAAGUUCAUGCAACAGACAACACAAGAAUGGAGCUAAUCAUCCCAGGAGAACAGCAUUUCUAUAUGAAAGCAGUUAAUGCAGCUGAAAGGCAAAGGUGGCUGGUAGCACUGGGGAGUGCAAAAGCCUGUUUAGCAGAUACCAGAACAAAAAAAGAAAAAGAAAUAAGUGAGACCAAUGAAUCUCUUAAAACCAAAAUGUCCGAACUUCGUCUCUACUGUGAUCUUUUAAUGCAGCAAGUUCAUACAAUACAAGAAUUUGUUCACCAUGACAAGACUCGCUCUCCUCCCAGCAUUGAGAACAUGAAUGAAGCCUCUUCCUUGCUUAGUGCCACAUGUAAUACAUUUAUCACAACACUUGAAGAAUGUGUGAAGAUUGCUAAUGCCAAGUUUAAACCAGAAAUGUUCCAGCUGCCUCAUCCUGAUCCCCUGGUUUCUCCUGUGUCACCAUCACCUGUCCAAAUGAUGAAGCGUUCCAUUAGCCACCCUGGUCCUUGCUAUUCAGAAAGGAAUAAUCACUCUGUAAAGGAACCAAUUUCAUCCCUUCACCGAUUUUCACAGCGGCGCAGAAGAACGUACUCGGAUACAGAAUCUUACAGUGAUACGCCCUUUGAAGAUUCUCAGAGAUCUGCUCACUGUUCUAAAAGUGCUGUCAAUGGAGAUCUGGUAUCAUCAACCAUUCCUGAAGAAAAUCGAUUGGUAUCAAAGGAAAGAUCUGAACUGGAAGAGACUCUUUCAUCCUUUUCUUCUUGAAGAAACUGAAAGUAUUCAAUUUUCUAUAAAUAAUGCUAUGCAAAGGCUGCUGUAAUUAUACUGUUGAUAUAGGAAGUAGUCAUUUCCCUUUUUAGAAGGAUUUCUCUGCACUUUAUAGAACAACAUAAAAACUAUCUUUGAAGUGUAUUUUAUCUUUAUAUAGUUUAUUUGCAAGAGUAUUUUCCUAAUAUUUCACAGUUUGAAUGUGCAUUUUUGGAACAAAUGAUGGCUUAACAGAUAAGCAUCCACAUUUGUAAAUGUAGCUCUUUUUAAAAAGUGUGAAGGUCUGACUGAUACAUUAGUAAACUUGAAGGUUAUAAACUUU